AUGGGCAGCCGUAAAAUAAAAGCCCUGUCAACAAUACAAAGACCUUUUGCUCUCAACAUCAGCAAGGCAUAUAGAACAACCGCGACAAAUGCAGCACUUGUGCUUACCGGGCUCACACCCCUUCACAUCAGGGCCAAGUUAGAAGCAAUAUAUGAGCGGGUAAUAAGAUUAAAGGAGAAUGCUGCACUCGGCACCACAGUCUUCAGCACGCUGCAGUACGAAACACCAGGCAGCACACAGCACGUGAACCCAGCACAUAAAAACUCGGGCAUACACGUCAAAAUAGCAAGGAGAUCUACGCCGCGAAUAGAGGAUGUACCAGUCGCCUCGCAAUUCUACACAGAUGGCUCCAAACAUGAUAACGGAGUGAGCUGUGCUUAUGCUUAUUAUGAGCAUGGUACACUUCACAGUCAAUGGAAGAGCCAUCUUGCAGCUCACAAUAGUAUCUUCCAGGCGGAGGCCUUAACAAUUGAAGCGGCAAUACAGUACGCACAUGACAUACAACUUGCACGAACAGAAAUCUGCACAGACAGCAUGUCAGUGCUGCAUCACACAUCUCCCAUAAUCCUGCAAAUCCAACAGACAUUGCAUAGCAACCAGCAAUCUAACAUCAAGCUAAAAUGGGUAAGAGGCCACUCUGGGAUCGCAGGCAAUGAGAUGGCAGAUCAACUGGCCAAUGAGGCAGCAACCAACAAUAAUGCACAGGCUGUCUCAGCACUAAUCCCGGCGUCAUUUUUAAAAAGACAACUAAGAGACAUAGGGAAUAAACAAUGGCAACACGAAUGGGAGAAUGGAGAUACCGGCAGAAGGACUUUCGAAUUCUACCCUGUAGUAGAUAAAGAACGCUUACAGGCCAUACCCCCUUUGAUGGAUAAAUACGUAACUGGCUUGAAAAGAAAAUUAAAUGAAGCAGAAGCAGAGGGCAAAAGAAAAGAUGAUGAAAAUAUCGGAAAUACAUCUUCGCAAAAUAGUAAAUCUAAAUAUAGAAAAUAUGAUCCAAUGUACUUAUUUACAUAUAAGGUUCUUGAUGGCUUUGUUAACAAUCCCGUCAUAACCGGCCACUUUCUUUGGGUUCAAAACAUCAAAACAAUCUUUUACUUGUCUGGAGGUGAUGAGAUUUCCUACGCUGCGACUAUUAGUAGCAAUUAA